AUGGUCACAUGCAUCCUCUCAAGUGAUGGAAACAUCUCCUCAGCCUCUGAAAGCAACACCACAGGCAUCACAGCAUUUUCUCUGCCCAGGUGGCAGCUAGCCCUCUGGGCCAUGGCUUACCUCUUCCUGAUACUGGUGGCCCUCACGGGCAACAUCACUGUCAUCUGGAUCAUCCUGGCACACAAGAGGAUGCGGACGGUGACUAAUUAUUUCAUCGUCAACUUGGCGCUGGCUGACACCUUCAUGGCCACCUUCAAUGUCGCCUUCAACUUUGUCUAUGCCAGUCACAAUAUCUGGUACUUCGGCCAAGCCUUCUGCCACUCCCAGAAUUUCUUCCCUGUCAUGGCGAUGUUUGUGAGCAUUUACUCCAUGAUGGCCAUCGCUGUGGACAGGUACAUGGCCAUCAUCCACCCCUUCCAACCGCGGCUGUCGACCCUCCGCACCAAGGUCGUCAUUGGGGCCAUCUGGCUGGUGGCCUCUGGACUGGCCUUCCCUCAGUUUUUCUACUCGACGGUCACUGUGGAAGAGGGAGUCACCAAGUGCAUUGUGGACUGGCCGGAGGACGGCAAGGUCAAGCUCCUUGUGUACCAUCUCACCGUGAUCAUCCUGACUUAUUUCUUGCCACUGGUGGUGAUGUUUAUCACGUACAGCAUCAUGGGUGUCACCCUCUGGAGACAGGUCAUCCCUGGAAACCAGCUGGUCCAGCAGAAACCGAGGAACAUUGCAGCGAAAAAGAGGUUUGUGAAAACCAUGGUGGUGGUGGUGGUGACUUUUGCCAUCUGCUGGCUGCCCUAUCAUCUCUACUUCAUCCUGGGCACCUUCCGUCAGGACAUCUAUUGCCACAAGUUUAUCCAGCAGGUCUACCUGGCCCUCUUCUGGCUCGCCAUGAGCUCCACCAUGUACAACCCCAUCAUCUACUGCUGUCUCAACCAAAGGUUUCGCUCUGGCUUCCGACUUGCCUUUCGCUGCUGUCCCUGGGUCACCCCGCCUGAUGAAGACAAGCUAAAACUCUUCCAGAGCCAGUCACUGUUGAUGACUAUCCACAAAAACCACAACAAAAUGUCACUCUCUGUCAGAAAAGCAUCUUUGCCAGAAAGCCCCAAUGAUCAGGAGGGAGACGUUGGGUACUAG